CAAUCGGGAAAUGGAUUCCGUGAGAAAUCUGGUUCCUUCCGCAAGAUUCUUAAGAAUUCUUGUGAAUUUGGUAAGUUCCCCGCCCUCCAUAUCACCUUCCACUGUCCUCUUGUUUCAACAGUCUACAUUGACUCUCCCUUAAAAAUCCCAUGUGAUGACACCACGGACCAGGGUCGCGGCUGGUGGUUCUCAAAAAGUGACAACUCCUUUAGAGCUAUUGAUUCUACAGACUUUCUGCGAGGUUUUGACGAGUCUGUAGAGGUCGUAAAGAAUGCACUCAAGGAACAGGGCCCUUUCGACGGUAUCUUUGCCUUUAGUCAGGGCGCUGCCUUCGUCACUCUCCUCCAAUUUUUAAUGGAGCAGCAUCCACAGGAGUGGAAUGCACCCACUGUCAAGUUUGCUAUUCUCGUUGCCACUUUCAAAAGUCGGUGCAGCCUUCAUGACCCACUUUACAGGGAGUCUAUUAAAAUGCCCACUCUCCUCGUCUAUGGGGCGGAUGACAAGAUUAUCCCUCCAGAAAUGACUGAGGAACUACUGCCCUUUUAUGCGGCUCCGCAAACCCUCGUGCAUCCAGGUGGUCAUAUGAUUCCAACCAACGCUGCUGCCAAGGAGGCCUUCCGAGAAUUCAUCGGACAAUUUUUGCCAGCCGUCGAAUGA